AUGCCGAGCAGAAAAUGCAAUCUGCUGCUCCUUUCGCCGGCCUCCCCGGGGGACGCAGACAAGGAGAACUUAGCACUCCGGCCGGCUUCUGAGCUGCUGGCCUUCGAGCGAUUCCGGGAGGCGAGUGCGCAGCCCCUCGCCUACGGCUACGGCCACGGCCCGCGCGGCCUGCGGGAGCUGCGGGCGCGAGAGUUCGGGCGCCUGGCAGGAACUGUCUACCUUGACCAUGCAGGAGCCACGCUGUUCCCCGAGAGCCAGCUCAGGAGCUUCACUCGUGAUCUCCUGGAGAAUGUUUACGGUAACCCUCACAGCCAGAACAUCAGCAGCAAGCUCACCCAGGACACCGUGGAGCAGGUGCGCUACAGGGUCCUGGCGCACUUCCACGCCUCCCCAGAGGACUACAGCGUGAUUUUCACCGCCGGGAGCACGGCUGCCCUUAAACUGGUGGCGGAAGCCUUCCCGUGGGUGCCCCGGGGCCCCGGGAGCAGCGGGAGCCUGUUCUGUUACCUCACCGACAGCCACACCUCCGUGGUGGGCAUGCGGAUGGUCACCACAGCCAGGAAUGUCACUUCCAUCCCGGUCAGGCCCGAGGACAUGUGGUCGGCGGAGAAACAGGGUACUGCCGCCAGCGACCCGGACUGCCAGCUUCCGCAUCUCUUCUGUUAUCCGGCUCAGAGUAACUUUUCUGGCACUAGGUACCCUCUGUCCUGGAUAGGAGAGGUCACGGCGGGGCGCAUGUGCCCGGUGAGCGCGCCCGCACCCGGGCGGUGGUUCGUGCUGCUGGACGCAGCCUCCUACGCCAGCACCUCCCCUUUGGACCUGUCGGCGCACCAGGCGGAUUUCGUCUCCCUCUCCUUCUACAAGAUCUUCGGCUUCCCCACAGGCCUGGGGGCGCUGCUGGUGCAUAAUCGGAUGGCUCCCCUGCUGAGGAAAACCUACUUUGGAGGAGGCACCGCUGCUGCAUACCUGGCGGGAGAAGACUUCUACAUCCCCAGGCCGUCGGUGGCAGAAAGGGUUAAAAUACAGAACACAAUAGUCUCACUGAAAGCUUCAACUUGCACCAGGCUGCUGUUUGCCACCACCCGUUAUCCUGAUGCUUGCGGACCUCCCAGUGUCUCCCAGCUGUCCCAUCGCUUCUGCAGCAGCCAGAGGUUUGAGGAUGGCACCAUCCCGUUCCUUGACGUGAUAGCGCUCAAACACGGAUUUGAUGCCCUGGAGCGCCUCACAGGCGGCAUGGAGAAUGUGCAGCAGCACACCUUCACCCUGGCUCGGUACACCUACGCCGCCCUGUGCUCCCUCCGGUACCCCAACGGGGCCCCGGUGGUGCGGAUCUACAGCGACUCUGAGUUCCGCAGCCCUGAGGCGCAGGGCCCAGUCAUCAAUUUUAACGUGCUCGACGCCAGCGGGAACGUCGUUGGUUACUCUCAGGUGGAGAAGAUGGCCAGUCUUUUCAACAUCCAGGUGCGCACCGGCUGCUUCUGCAACACGGGGGCCUGCCAGCGGCACCUGGGGAUCAGCGACGAGAUGGUCAAGAAGCACCUUCAGGCUGGUCAUGUCUGUGGAGAUGACGUGGACCUCGUAGAUGGGCAGCCGACAGGGUCUGUGAGGAUUUCAUUUGGAUACAUGUCUACUCUUGAGGAUGCCCAAGCCUUUCUCAAGUUCAUCAUAGCCACCCGACUGCGCCCGCAACAUAGCCAGCCUGUUCCUCAGGCCGUCCCUGGGGAGGCUGGCACCGCACCAGCAGAGAGCGAGGCUCAGAGCACCGUGCCCACCACCGUGCCCGCCACCGUGCCUACCACUGUGCCUGCCACUGUGCCCACCACCAGGCAUACCGCUGUGCCCACCACUGUGCCUGCCACUGUGUCCACCACUCUGUCCACCACCGUGCCCACCACUGUGCCCACCACCAGGCAUACCACUGUGUCCACCACUGUGCCCACCACCGUGCCUGCCACUGUGUACACCACUCUGUCCACCACCGUGCCCGCCACUGUGCCCACCACAGUGCCCAUCACUGUGCUCACCACCGUGCCUGCCACUGUGGCUGCCACCAGGCACAGACCUAGUCCCUCUCCUCGGGAAGAUACCCCCACAGCCUCCAGGGCCGGGAAUGACAGGCCCCCUGCUGUGGGUGCUGUGUGUUUGCGCCCACCUCUGCCAGAGGCCACUGGGACCCUGCAGGCCCCUUCAGAGAAAGCGGCAGCAGCCCCGGGUGGGGGCCUUGGGCCACAUGUCAUCACCAACCUUUUCCUCUACCCCAUCAAAUCCUGUGCUGCGUUUGAGGUGACGCAGUGGCCUGUGGGACACCAAGGGCUGCUGUACGACCGGAGCUGGAUGGUUGUGAACCACAAUGGCAUUUGCCUGAGUCAGAAGCAGGAGCCUCGGCUGUGCCUGGUCCAGCCCCGCAUUGACCUGCAGCAGAGGAUCAUGGUCGUUAGAGCCAAAGGAAUGGAGCCUAUAGAGGUGCCUCUUGAGGAAAAUGGUGAAUGGGUUCAGAUUUGCCAAAGCAAGGUCUGUGCGGACAGGGUAAAUACUCAUGAUUGUGGAGAAAAAAUUUCAAGCUGGUUGUCAAGGUUUCUGGGCCGUCCGUGUCAUUUGAUCAAACAAAGCUCGGACUUUCAGAGAAACGCGAAGAAGAGCCAUGGCAAAGGGCAGUCUGCUGGAACACCAGCCACUCUUUCUCUGGUGAAUGAGGCCCAGUAUCUGCUGAUAAACAGAUCCAGUGUUUUGGAACUUCAGCAGCAAUUAAACGCCAGUGAUGAGAGUGGAAGGGAGGAAUUAUUCCCAAUGAGAGAGCUCAUCUCACGUUUCCGUGCCAAUAUUAUUACCAGUGGAGCAAGCGCUUUUGAAGAAGAGAAAUGGGAGGAGAUUUCAAUCGGUUCCUUGCAUUUCCAGGUUUUGGGGCCUUGUCACAGAUCAGGGCAACGAAACCAAGAUGUUUUCCAGAAGCUUUCAGAGAGUCGAGAGAGAAAGGUAAACUUCGGAGUGUACCUGAUGCAUAUGUCUUUGGAUUUUUCUUCUCCAUGUUUCCUGUCCGUAGGAUCUCAGGUGCUCCCUGUGUUGAAAGAAAAUGUAGAAAGCCACGAUUUACCUGCUUCUGAGAAACACCAGAAUGUUGUCUCCUGAGAUUCUUUUUUUCCCAGCAUAAAUUAAAAUUUCUCUUUUACAACGAU